UAUAGUAAUAUCUGUUUUUUGUAUUUGUGAGACGUCAUAGAGAGGGGAGAGCCAGGUUGGAGGAAUAUUGGCUCCGGUAGUUAGUCUGCGUGUGGAGUGCAUGAGCUGAGUUGUGGCUAACGGCUACUCCUUUGAAUGUGUGUGUUAUUGCUCUUUUUGUUAUUAAAAAACGACAGAUUACAUCAGCGACUGCGUGCAUCCUUCUUUCCGUAUUAAAGGGCAUUACAAUAUAUCUAGAAUGGGAGGUGCACUGUCUCUUUAAAAAAAAGUCAUCCAUUAAUUUGCACUGUUUCUCCUUUGUUGAGCUUCGUCUAAAACAACUUGAAUAUAAAGUAAGGCGCGAGUUCGAUCGCCUCCCUUCACCUUGCUGGGUGCUUGGCGCGCAUCCACGCACUCACCCACAUACGAACGCGGCCACCAGGCGGAGAUGCUCAACCGCUCCUGUUAUUAACGUUAUUAACGUUAUCUCUCGCGUCACUCGCCUCCAGGAACGAGACGGCACCCGCCACCCGCACCGCCACCGCUGGCUUCGAGGGAACGUGGCGGGGACAGGUGCACCCACCCGGGCCGGGAUUUCGACGGCUGCGGCGACUAAGUUGCGAGAGCAGCAAGUAUGUCGCCAUUGUGAACCGAGUAGUGAUGGGAUUCCUCCGCCUUCUGCCCUCCGAGCGAGGUUGAGUUGAGCCCGCACAUUGGAGAAGAAUGAGUGGAUAACUCCAAAGCAGAGAUGCUUUCCGGAUUUUUGGCCGCCUUCUCCAACGACCUAACACCUCUCUGAAAGCAACCUCAUUGGCAAAAGUCAACCCCCCCCCCCCCCCGCAACACCCGAGGAACAGCGAUCGAUGGAGGCCAAAGCGAGGCGGCAGGAAGAAGCGCCGUCGAAAGACUCUGAGACGGAGGACGCCGCCGCUUCUGGCCACGCGUGCGGCGUGUGCGGCCGCAGCUUCCCGCUCCUCAGCUCCUUGUCGCAGCACAUGCGGCGACACACCCGCGAGAAGCCCUACAAAUGCCCCUACUGCGAGCACAGGACCGCACAGAAGGGAACCCUCAAGGCACACAUCCGCAGCCACAAGCUGGGCCUGUUCGGCCUCGGCGACCGUCAGGCCAACGCGGAGAUAUCGGACGCUCCCGAGAUGGGGAAGAAGAAAGCCGACAAGAAAAAAGAAAAAGACUCCGAGACCGAAGCGUCGGACGCCCGCGCCUUUUCCUGCAGCGUUUGUGGCCAACACUUCCCCCAGGUGCCGUUACUCAAGUCGCACAUGAAGCGGCACCGCAGCGCGCAGGACCACGGCUGUCGCAUCUGCGGCCGCCGCUUCCGCCAGGCGUGGUUCCUGCAGAGCCACAUGCGCAUCCACCGGGUCAGAGCGCAGCUGCGGGGGGGCAAGAGCGACGACGAGCCGCCCGCCACCAUCAACGGCGUGGCGCAGGACCCCGCCGCGCUGGCCAACGACGAGUGCCUCUACGAGCUCUGCGGUUACUGCGGCCACUUCUUCGUGGACCGCAAGGCCUUGCGCGCGCACCAAAGUUUACACAAACACUGCCGCGACGCAGCGCGAGACCGCGAGGCCUCACAAGUGAUCAAGAACCGCUUCCUGGAAAGCCUCAGCCUCACUCGCGUGACACCGAAGGACGCCCGGGCGGACAGGAAUCUGGGCCGGAGAAUCCCGGAGUUGGAUCCCGUGUGCAGCUUUCAGGCUUGGCAAUUAGCCACAAGGGGGCGACUGGCGGAAAGUGCCGAGAGUUUCCCGGGCUGGGAGGAAGGACUCGCCGGCGCCGAGGAGGAGGCGGCGUAUCACGCGGCGAAGGGCGAAUCCGUCCCCGCCAAGCCGGAGAAGAAGAGGAAGCCCAGCGACGUGCCCGCUUCCGGCGCCAAAAAGAAGAAGGGCGAGACGGGCCUGGAGCAAGCGGAGAAGGACAAGAAGAGCUGCCAGAAAGACCGCAUCCUGCUGAAUGGACUCGGGCAAGCCUUUUACGAGGCGUUGCAACACAGAGCCGAAAAGGACAAACGCCUCGACCGCAAUCAAGAGCAGGAAGACGAGAAGCCUUUGUUGUGCGAGCAUUGUGACUUCCACACUGCGGACGCCUCGCUGCUCAGGUCUCACGUGCAGGCGCAGCAUCAGGACGGGAAACGGCGCAAACAAAGUAGUUCCCAGGCCUCCAGGUACGUGGACUACCUCAGGAAAAGGAGCGCGCUGCUUUGUCAGCCCUAUUGGAACCCUUACCCCGGCCUGCCUGCCGAGUUGAACGUCAAAACGGAGACGGCGGACGACGGGGAAACCAAGACGGGCGGCCAUUCGGGCAGUCUUCUCAACUUGUCGGCACAGACGGCGGACAAGAAAGGACGGGACUCUGUUCUAAAAGAAGCUCCGCCGAGGCAUCGAUGUCCGUAUUGCUCCCACGCUACGUUCUACCCGGAGGUGCUGUGGAUCCAUCAGCGGGUCUCGCACAGGGUGGGCAACGGCAGCUCGGCGGCCCCCAAGUGGGCGCCGUGCGCGAACGGCGGCGUCCGGGCUCCAAAGACAUCCCGGUGGAGGCGCACGGGGCCUCCGCCGUUCCUCGAAGGGAAAGACUGCCCGACGUUGCCGGCGCCCAGAAGCCGCCGCACGCAACCGCCAGCCGGCGGCGGCGCCAAGCGGGCCGUCGCUAAGAGCCAAUCGGGCGCCAAGUCCAAGCCUCCGGCGAAGGACGCCAAAACCGCAGAUCCGUGCGUGAGGGUGAAGUCCGAACGGAAGCAGGCGGCGGAGAGCGCCGGCGGCAAUGCCGGCGCGUCCGGCAGAACGGUGGCGGCAACGGAGGGAAACUUCCCAAAAGAAGGCCUGGGCUUCAUGUUGAGUCACGGCGCGCCGUCGACCAACUCGGAUCGACGGCUCUCCCAGAGGGCCCCCGCUCUGAGUCCCAAAGGGGCGGACUUUUGGGCCGCCAUGAGCACGUGGGGCCACCGGGCCUACUUGGAACCCCUCCUUUACACUCAGCCCAAGAGCGACGGCGCCGCCGCCGCCGCCGCCGCGGACGCGCCGCCGGACUUUGACGCGGUGAGCCUGCUGAAGAGCUACAGUCCUCACGAGCUGGCAGCUCUUUACCAGCAUUGGGGGUUUGUCGACCCGAGGCUGGACCCGCAGGCAAUGUUACGGCUCAACGGACAUUUUGCAAAUGAACUCCAUCCCUCCUCUGAAGCCUCCAAGCAAGUGACCAGCCGCUCCACUUCCACCUCCACCUCGGGGUCUCUUCAUAAAGGAACGUGAAGACCGGCCAAGACAACCCACCACCACCGACAAAAAAAAAAAAAAAAAAGGUGGAGUCAUCAGCUUUCAUUUUCUGCGCGCGUGUGUGAGAGAGUAACACGCAUGCGUGUGUACGCGCUCACUUCAAAAUGAAAUAAGAGGAGAGUCGACACUUGCAGUGACUUGAUUUGGGCAUCCACCUGAAAAAUGUCGGAGAAAGCACAAAGUCCACCCAGGCAGGCCAAAGCCUGGAUUGAACCCCGCACCUCUGCACCGAGAGGCCAACGCGCUAACCAGUUGACCGGGGGCGGCACCGUUGAAGCCGUUUGAAGUCGUCGUCUCAGAUGGAUGCUUAGCGAGUUUUAAGUCCAAAAUUGCAAUCCUUUCUUGUUUACACAGGCGGCUUCGCGGUCCACCGGUUGGCGUGUCGGUGCAUCGGCGCAGGGUUCACGUCCAACUCCAGCGUGCCUGCGUGUGUCGUCUCCACGUACUCCGGUUUCCUGCCACAUUUCAGAGGACUUUUGUGAGGACAAAAUGGAUGGUUUUCAAUGCACCCCCACUCGUCUGAACACGGCAUUGCAAUUCAGAUGAGUUAAGCCGUUCGCUUUGAUCCAUCUCGCGGGCCGGCCGUCUUUGCCGCUUGCUGUCGACUGAAAACGAUGUCAAGUAACGACCUGAGCAACCGUGAAGUCGUUUUCAGUCGACGGCCAAUGGCAAGAUGGCCGGCCCGCGACACUGAUGACUCGUCUUCCUCCAUUGCUGUGCUAAGAGUGACCGCUGUGAAGGUGCGUCAAAAUAUUUUGUGCUUGAUUUACUUGUAGGGCGGCGCCGCCAUGUUUGUUGGGUUGAUUCAAAGCACAUGAACGGAGCCGCGGCCCACAACUGACAUGUUGCUCACGGUCCACUGGGGAAAAAAAAAAGUCAGUAUCGCUUUUGUGUGAAUUGUCGGUGCAAAAGAAAACUGGAAUUUUGUUCAUGGGACACAGAAGAAAAACGAUUGAAUUCUAAUUCUUCAAACUGAAUUUCCACCAGCUUGAAAGCUUUGAUUUGUGGGAAAUGUUCCGCUCCAAAGACGUCUUUGUAUUUUCGGGUCGCUCCUCAGCUGAUGUCUUGUGUUUGCAGACUUAUUUAGUGUGUUUCUACUUGUAGUUUUGUAUUCAUUUGUCCCAUAGACAAAAUGUAUUUGGACCAAAACAAAAAAGCCAUCAAGUUUAUGGGACGUGAGAGUGACGGGUUCUGACAGUGUUUUUUUCUUUUGCUAAAUAAUAUGUUCGAGAUAGUCUUCAUUGUUUGUUCAAAGCUUUCCUGCAAGUUUUCCAUCGUUUCCUGCUGCAAUCCACUUGAUUCAAACGAUCAGAUCAUCAACAAUGAUCCUGAUCAUUGGAAUCGACUCAACUAUAUUUAUAGAGAACUUUCAAACAGCCAUCGCUGCAUACAAAGCGCUGUGCAUGGAACAACUAACAAAUACAAAGAUAAAGCAGCAAAUCGGUAACAAAGACAGUAGAAAGCAACGAACAGCAAAACCGAGAAUCAAGUGCGAUGCAACAGGGAGACGUGGGAAAUCAUCCAGCAAAGCGGCCGUCAGGGACCAGAGUUUGACACCUGUGCUCUAAGUACUUCAUAUUUGUAGUUGAAAUUGUUCAAAGAAAGAUGAGAAAUAAACAAAGCUUCUCUAA